AUGCGAAUAGACCCGAUACCCGUGAGGCCGGCAGGGAACCGAGCAGACCCGGCCAAGCCGGCCCGUCCCCGCCCAGAACAAGCCCCGCGGCCCCACAGAACCGCCUGCGUGUCACUUCCUCCCCCAAACUCGCCUGCGCCGGCCUCCACCCUAACCCUCCCUACCCGCCACCUUCGCGCCUCCGGCCCCAGCUCCCUCCUUCGCCGAGGCCCCCUGACUCACGGCCCAAGGGGUUCCUCCGGCGGCAGCAGGCGGCUUAGACCCUCCCUCAGAGCACAGAGCCCAGCAGCACCCGGGACCGCCAGCUACUCGCCGGAUAUACGUAACACCCCCUCCCCGGAACUUCCGGGUGCGUGCUCGUCCCCACCCCUUCGUAGCGUCACGGCGCUUGGCCGUCCGGUGCCGCCCUACCAGCGACUGGGGCCGCGGAGGGGCGGGCCUCGGCGUGACGAAUCGCUCUGGGGCGGGCUCUGCCUCUCGUAG